AUGAUCUCUGCUGUCCUCCUGCUCUGGACUGUGCCCUGCGUGGCAAACCACAUCCUCGGGGGCUUUGCCAAGGGAGCGCUGCAGGAGGGUCCCCAGCUGGCGUGCAGCCUGCCGGGACCCCCCGGGCCCCCCGGCCCCCCCGGGGCACCUGGAGCUCCAGGGACGGUCGGCAGGAUGGGCUUCCCAGGCAAAGAUGGCAAGGAUGGCAAGGAUGGGGAUAAAGGCGAGAACGGCGAUGAAGGUCCACAAGGCAGAACAGGAAACCCCGGCAAGCCAGGACCGAAGGGGAAAGCAGGAGCUAUUGGCAAGGCAGGCCCACGCGGGCCCAAGGGUUUAAAGGGUAAUCCCGGAAAAAACGGGGCACCGGGAAAGAAAGGGCCCAAAGGGAACAAGGGCGAGACCGGGCUGCCGGGACCCUGCACCUGCAAUGCCAACAAAGCCAAAUCUGCCUUCUCUGUGGCAGUCUCAAAGAGCUACCCGAGGGAAAGGCUGCCCAUCAAAUUUGACAGGAUCCUGAUGAACGAGGGAGGACAUUACAAUGCUUCCAGUGGAAAAUUUAUAUGCAGCAUCCCAGGUAUUUACUACUUCACUUAUGAUAUCACUUUGGCCAACAAGCAUUUGGCCAUUGGCUUGGUCCACAACGGGCAGUACCGGAUCAAGACUUUUGACGCCAACACUGGAAACCAUGACGUUGCAUCUGGAUCAACCAUCCUUUCUCUGAAGCAAGAGGAUGAGGUAUGGCUGCAGAUCUUUUAUUCAGAACAAAAUGGGCUCUUUUACGAUCCCUACUGGACAGACAGCUUAUUUACUGGCUUCCUGAUAUAUCCUGACCAAGAUUAUCUCAAUGAAAUAUAG